AUGGCCAUCGCAUUCAAGCACCACCCUCGAUCCCAACAAACCUAUGAGCCUCCGCUCAUUGCCAAUGAGAAUGCCUUUUUGGGGGAUGUGGAUUCGAGUGACAGCUACAACCCCGAAAAACCCAUCUCAGCCGGCUUCUACCGUCUGGAAAAAGGCACCCCGCUGGUGUACGAAUACACCUUCGAUGAGAUGAAAAUCAUCCUGGAAGGCAAGUUCGAGAUCUCGGAUGAGACCGGUCAAAAGGUUGAGGCUUUCCCCGGGGAUGUGUUUCAUUUUCCCAAGGGGAGUAAGGUGACUUUUACGACGCCGUCGUAUGGGUUGGCUUUUUUUACGGGACAACGGGCCAAGACUGUUUGA